AUUUUACGACGGAAAAAGCUUGCAUAUAAAUGACGAACGGGGUGAGGUUUUGUUUCAGUCUCGACUGCCCUAGGGUUUCUGCUUCUCUUUCGCCGCUUCAGAGUUAUCCGACAAUGACGAAGAGAACCAAGAAGGCUGGAAUUGUCGGCAAGUAUGGCACUCGUUAUGGUGCUAGUCUGAGGAAGCAGAUUAAGAAGAUGGAGGUUAGUCAGCACAGCAAGUUCUUCUGUGAGUUCUGCGGGAAGUACGCGGUGAAAAGAAAAGCUGUUGGAAUAUGGGGAUGCAAAGACUGCGGCAAAGUGAAGGCUGGUGGUGCUUAUACUUUGAACACUGCAAGUGCUGUUACUGUAAGGAGUACCAUCAGGAGGCUGAGGGAGCAGACAGAGAGUUAAAUUUAUAUUAUGAUUCCAUCGUCAAAAUUCGUUGUAAUUUUGUUGUUUCAUUUUCUAGAACUUAAGGCAGAUUUUGAAGUUCUAAACUGAAUGUUUGUGCUUUUUGAUCAUUUAUGGUUUCAUGUCUCCUAUGAAUUCGAGGUUCAUGUUAGAAGUCUUCAUUUGUGGAGCUGUUUCACGUACCGUUUGAAACCUGAUUUGUUUUUGUUGAUGUUGUGUUCUACAUUUUACCUCAUUAAAUAAGGUAAUUUAGAAAUUAUUAGA